GCAAGUUUAUUAUAAUGCUACACCACAAUCAAUACUCUAUAUACGAUAAAGACAUGAAAAUACAAUCCUUCCAACGUCUGAAGAAGUAAUGACUUCAAAGAAAAAAGGAAGCACCGGACGGCAAAGGAUUCGGAUGGCAAAGAUAGAGAAAGAGAGCCACAGGCAAGUAGCAUUCUCAAAACGCAGAGCUGGUCUCUUCAAGAAAGCUAGCGAGCUAUGCACUUUGUGCGGUGUAGAGGUCGCAAUCAUCGUAUUCUCUCCCGCCAAAAAGCCUUACUCGUUCGGCCAUCCAAACGUCUACACUGUGCUGGACCGCUACAAGAACAGUACUUCUUUUCAGCAGCAAAGUCAACCUCUGGAAAACAUGGAAACGAGGAGCGAGUUGAGUUUGGUGCUGAGUCAGGUGGAGGAAGAGAAGAAGAAAGGUGAGGCAAUGAGGAAAUCGAGUGUGAUGGCUAAAUGGUCUGUGGAGGAAAUGAGUUUGCUUCAGUUACAGGAAAUGAGAUCUGCGCUAGAGGAGCUGAGGAACACAAUGGUGGUGCCUCCUUCUUCUUACAUGAACACAAUGUCUACUGCUUUUUACAAUUCUAGAUAUGUACUUGCUUCUUCUUGAGUCACAUAUAAACUAUGAUAA